GAGUUCAAACUGAUGAGGAUGUUUAUCUUUCUAUUUGAAUGUGAUCGUAUGAGAGUAUGUGAUUAUUUGUUGAUUCUAGAUGGAUUUGAUGGGAAAAAUUCAUGCAAUCAGGUAGACAGUGAGUGUUUGCAUGUGCGUGUAAACGUAUAGGUACGAGUGUGUGUUUGUGUGUGUUUUAGGGGGUGGGUUUACCGGUGCAUGUCAGACAGCAAAGAGCCGCAGUUAUCUAGGAAUCUGAGCCAAAAGAGCUUCACAAACAGAAGGGAGCGCGCAGGAGAGCGAGAGGGAGGGAUAGAGGAGAGAAGAUCAAAUAAAAGAGAAAAACAGGAAAGGAGACUCUGACGAGCACAUAGAAAGAAAGACAAUGUGCAGGACUUGAUAGACCGCAGAUGAUACUGCGUAUAACAUCAGAUCUGAAGAGAGAAGAAAAGUCAGAGACACAGGAGUGUUGCUAGAGAAAAUCCCAUUGAAAUUAAGUAGUAGAAAGAGUAGAAGAGAGAGAGAAAAAGAGAGGGAACAGGUGCAUACUAUCUCUUUGGACUCCUGAGCAGCAUGUGUGUGCGUGUUGUGCCCUUGUUUUUGCUGGGAGCGUACAUGAUGUGUGUAUGUGUGCUGUGUCAGAGGGAGAUCCUGGUGGCCGGGCCCCCAAACAGCAAAUGUGAGGGAAGCUGCAGUGCAACAGCAUCACCCCUUAAAAUACAUCACCCUAAGGACUCACGACUCAGAAAGACUCCAGAGAACCACAAAAACACACAGGUGUCUGAUACAUCUGAACGUCUCAUCCAGCUGCAGCGCUGUAUGCUGCAACAUGAAUCAGUGGCUGUGAGUCAGGGAGAUGGGUCUGAUUCACUAGUAGCCUUUCUGGCUCUUAUGGCAGCAGUGCUGACAGAAUGUGACCUCCACUGCCACAGUCAGAGACUCAAAGAGAUGGCCACCAGACUUGAAAGUGUAGUGGGCAAAAAUGGGGAGAAAGACUUGCUGCUGUUGCUGAAAAGUAUCACGCAUUCUAAACCUCAUGGCCUCAAACCAAGGACUCCUACAGUGCCUCCCUCUGCAGGGCUUUACCCUCAAGACUGUCAUGAGAUCUACCAAAUGGGAAUCAAAGAGAACGGGAUCUACACCAUACAGCCAGAUCCAAAGCGCCCGGCAUUAGAGGCUGUCUGUGACAUGGUUUCAGCUGGUGGGGGAUGGACAGUGUUCCAGCGCAGGUUUGAUGGACAAAUUGACUUUAACCGAACCUGGCAGGAGUACCGUGAUGGAUUUGGAUCCCCGCAGACAGAGCACUGGUUAGGGAAUGUAGUCCUAUCCAUGUUAACUGCAAGUGGACAUCAUACGCUCCGCAUCACUCUCCAAGACUGGCAUGAACAGACACGUCAUGCAAACUAUAACACUUUUAAAGUGGCAGGAGAAAAUCAGAGGUUCCGCCUAACUGCUCGAGACUACCAUGGCGAUGCUGGCAAUGCAUUCAGUUAUAGCAAACAGUACAAUCAUGAUGGCAGAGCUUUCAGUACAUAUGACCGAGAUCAUGACCGCUACGCUGCUGGUAACUGUGCCCGUUACUAUGGUGCUGGCUGGUGGUUUGAUUCCUGUUUGGCCGCUAACCUCAAUGGACGCUACUACCACGGGCGUUACAGCGGCAUCACGGAUGGCAUCUACUGGGGCACCUGGUACAUCCUGACUGACUAUCGCACAGGGGAAAGAUACUCAUUUAAGAGCAUUGAAAUGAAAAUGAGACCAAGGCGGAGCUAAGAAUUUCUCAUUUUUAAAACGACAAAUCCUUGUUGUAGAUGUUGACAUGUAAUCUUGCACUGUGUGUUUCCUUUCAAGAAUGGCUUGUAAUUUUAUAACCUGAACCUGCCAUUAUAUUGAACUUGAGAUAUUUAGAUAAUUGUAUGAUAUGAGAACACAUUUAUAAACACUUAUUUUAAAAUGUCAGAUGCCAAUUUUUAAGCAGUCUCGUUUUCUCUGUGACUGUGUAUAUUCCCAAUUUUCAGUUACUGUUGCACUAUGGGACAAAAAUAAACUAUUGCAUGCUAUUCAUGCUGCAAAUACAGGAAUUUAUUUUAAUUUGAAUUAAAACGUGGUCUUUGUUUAAGGUCGGCAUGAAAUGAAAAUCUAUUUUCUAAUUGGAUGUUAUUGAUCUUAUUGUGUACUUAUUGUGCAUGUUUAAUUUUUUUUACCUUGUAUUUCUUAAUAAAAAUGUCAUACCUCAAAAUGACAGACGUCUCUCUUUUGACAUAUACCAGAUUUCUCCAAUAAUUUA